UAGUUUGCUCUGGAAAUUUAGCUAGUUACAACGAUCGCAGGAUUAACUCUAUCGAUGAUAAAGAAAUAAUAGCAUAUUAAAUAUUUUUAAAUUAUUCGACGUUGUGCUAAUAAGAGGAACGCUGAAGAAAAAUAACGAAACAGACCAGAUUUGCGUUGAUAUUAAUGAUCCACGUUUUUUAAUAUUCGCAACUACUAGGAAGAUGCAUAAACUGUCUCAGUUAUCGAAAUAUUCUUUAUGGCCAUCAAUUUUUAGCAGCAAAAAUAGAAAUAUUGUGCAAGAAGUACACGAUCCAAAUUGGCAAAAAGUUGGCGAAAUUAAAAAAUUAUAUAUAUAUCCGAUGCUCGAUGGUGGUGGGGUGUAUACUUCAAAAGGCAAUUUUACCGACAUGUCCGGAACGUCCAAGUGUUUCUCGUAUCGAAAUCACAUGUUCGUAGCGUACAACUGCAAAACCAAUUGCAUCAUCCAACAUUACGAUAACUUCAUGAUACGCAAUGUGUCAGUAAGAAUUUUGGACAACAACCAGGUAAUGAUGAUGCAUUAUUCAAGGCCUGAUUUAACAAUAAACUUAAAUAUUGUCAUGAAAUCGAGAAAAGUCAUCAAAUGCACCGUAUCGUUAUGUCAUAAAUUCUUAUGUCAAGUGAAAGCUUUAGAUUGUGGUACACAAGCCGCCACAUGGAUUUCCAGAUGUCUAAAUGACGAGAACGUCCGUUUAGCAUAUACAAUGCCAAAUGCUUAUACGCAAGUAUCCUUUUGGAAAAAGUAUAACACGCAUCUAAGUGACAGAAAUAUUACGAUACCUUCAACACCUCUAUUUACGUACUCCUUAAUGCCAUUUGUACCGCGCGGUCGUUUAAGCAAUAUGUUGAUCAAAGUUAUGCAGGAACAUGCAAAUAAGUCAAAUAUAAUAAUUAAUACUAAUGAUCUUAACAAUUUCAUUGAAUGGGAAUGGAUCAAGAUCGGAAAAAUAAUCUUGAGGAAUAUCCAUCCAUGGAAAAGAUUGGAAACGAACCUCGAUUGGCAAAGCAUGCCCACUGACAUGCAGGCAAGGCUGAUACCGUUACAGUGCGAGUUAUACCUUCCUGGGCAAAUUCAAGCAGGUGAUCCUGUGUACGUCAAGAUGUCUAAUAAAACGGAGUGAAAAGCAUGAAGAGCACUCACUCAUCAUAGAAUUUAUUAUUAAGUUAUUUAUAUUUCAUCUAUCGUUUGACAUUUUAUUUAUUUCAUUGUAAAUACGAAGUAUCUAUUAUUUUUAAGAUUCUAUUUGUAAAUUCAAAACAUAUAUUAAUCUUCAUGAGAUUUAGAACCGGAUAUUCCUAAAUAUAUUUUAUUAAAUUAA